CUGAACUAACGGAGCAAGAGUAGAUCACAGAGGUUACUCUGUAAUCUGUGGAGUAGAUUUCUUGUUUUCCAUUCAGAGGUCAGUUUCACCAGCACUAACCUCAAACAAGAUUUUGCAACAUUUUCAUAGGCAAAACUCCCCAUUCCAGGGGCGGAGCCCUUUUAAAAGCACACCAGCGCCCCAUUAAGGGGGCACAGCCCCAAAUUAGCGCCUGCCAUGGAUGGGAUUGUAGGUUUGGGGCACUUUUGCGAGACCCAUGGGCCCUGUGUGAUUUUAAGCACACAGCGAUGCGAACAGGAGCCCCAACAGUUUCCCCAUAGUCUCAAAGUGCCAGUUUGCGAGGCCUGCCAGUCGAUUGAUCUGAGGCAAGCGAUGGUGUGCAAAAACAAUGGGACUUGCUAUGUGACUACUAGAACGCCCCUUCAACAGCAUCUGGCUUUUCUACUGCGGCAGGCCGUAGUGCGAAGCUUGAGCUGCGAGGAAACUAGCAAACAGGAUGACAGUCUGUAUUUUGGAGACAAUAAACGGGGCCACAUCAUUAGCCACAUGUUUACAGUGCAAGACUCUUUGGCUAGAGGCUUUCAAAGGAAAUAUUGCAUCCUGAUUCUUACGAAGGAUAAGAUACAUUUGCUCAACUGCUGGCCGUUCCUAACAAACGAGAUUCGCUCAAUCUCCAAAGAGUUGCAAAAUUUGGCCCUUAAAGUGAACAACGUGGAGCAAUUGCAUAAGUCCCAACGAGCGGUGAGGCAAGCGCAAGCCGCCCCUGCUGGCACCGGAAGAUCGCUUGGGCAGCUUACCGGCCAACCGGAAAUUUUUGCGCAAAUUCACUUAUGGUUUGCCUGGUUACUUAGUUCAGAAACUGUUGUGGAAAAGCCUUUUAAACCGCCAGAAAUUCCUGCUGAUUGCCCGGCGUUGGGCUUAAGGCAACUUUAUCAAUCUAUGAAACAGGAAGUUUUCCAAAAACUCUGCUACUGCUACCUAACAGGCAUUCGAGUGAAUUCGCAGAAUCAGAGUAUUCUGGCGCAGUUACAGCAGUUGUUGCCACGGGAUUUUAGUCUUCCAAAAACAGGGGAAGUAUGCGAAUUGUACGCAAUUGAUGGCACAUUAGCAAUCAACUGGAAUCGGACUUUGCCUCGAAGAUUACCUACACUUUCGGCGUCAAUAGAGGCUGCUUUGAAGGACCCCAAUCUGCCCGACGCAGCCCUGGGGCCCCACCUAACAAGCCUCGUGAUGCAAUGGCAUAAUAUAGCUUGUGCAGUCGGAUGGGCUCCUGAUAGUAACAAUGUGGAGCUUUUGAGAAGUUUGGGUGUUCAGAAGCACGAUCUGCCUUUAUUGAGCUAUUGGGUGACACAAUGUAAAAAAUAACUUGUGGACAUUCGUGUUUAUAAAAACGAUUUUAUUACGCUCAAAUUUAACAUGGCCUUAAUCAGCUA